AUGGAGUCCCGUCAACGGCUAAACCAGGACAAAAUAGCUACAAUUUUAGAAAAUGAUGACGAUUAUUCUCCGCUGGAUUCGGACUCCGAGGAAGAAGAUCGUGUAGUUGAAGAUGACGUCUGGAGUGAUAACGAGGACGCGAUGGUCGAUUUCGUUGAAGAUACAAGCAGGCAAGAGGACCCCGAUAACAAUAUUGCUUCUCGGGAAUCGCCUAAUCUUGAGGUGCAAAUAAUAAUGGAAAAUCAAGACAAUCAUAGUUUUCCUUUUGAAAAUGCUGAUGUUGCCGACGACGUGAUUUCAUUGAAAGAUUUGUUAGAAAGGCGAAACAUUUUACUGAAAAAGAAAGAGGAAAUAAUAAGAAAACAUAAUGACCACAAUCAACCACCAUUGCAAUCAGAUUCAAAACCUUCGUCAGAUAAUAUAUUACAGCAAGAACAAAAUCACGAUAUAACAUCCGAAUUUAAUACAUUUACAACACUUUUAAGUACUGUACCAACACAAAGAGAAAAUAAAAUUACUCCUCUUGAAUUGAAUGUUAAUGUAGUAGAGCACAAUGACGGACUUGAUUUUUCGUCUGACGAUUCUGUCGCAGAUCCUUCUUAUGUCGCCCUCUCAGAUAUAACAAAUUUAAAGCCUUUAUCGCCAGAAAAUAUGGAAUGGUUCCCUGAAAGGGAAAUAGAAGAAAAGUCGAAAACAAACAAAAAAAAGCGCAAAGGGGAUCAAAAAAAUUGGAAAAGGAUGAAAAAUAAGCGACAGAGAAUGUUAGGAGAAGAGUACAUCGGAUUUAAAAAAGAUGGCUUUAAAUUUAUACAAAAUAAUCCUAAACCAGCACGAAUAAUGGGUCCAAUAUGUAUGUCAAUGCGAUGUUUCAGUGGAAAAGCUAUGUAUUGUUCGAAAUUAACAGAAGAAGUCAGGUCAGAAAUUUUUAAAACCUAUUGGAAAAUGAGUUGGCAAGAAAAGAAAAUGUACGUAUCUUCAAUGGUGGAUCAGAUUCCUACCACCAGGAAAACUAAAGGCUCAAAUUCAAGGCGAAGCGAUACCAAAAAAUAUUUUUUAAAGGUGAAUGAUAAAAAGGAAAGAGUUUGCCAAAAAACAUUUCUGGAAACACUAGGUAUAAAAGAAUGGACCGUUAGAUACUGGCUAGGAGAGAAGAUGAAUAAAAGUGAAUUUGAACCUGAACAAAGAGAAGUAAUUGUCAAAGAACCCAAAAAAGAUUUAGCUAAAAAAUAUUUGAUUGCUCUACCGAAGCUGCCGUCUUAUUAUUGUAGACAAUCUUCCUCGAAAUUAUAUUUGGAGCCCAUCAUACAGUCAAAGUCGCAAUUGUAUCGUCUUUAUGUAGAUUACUCAGUUUCAAGAAAUGAACCGGUGGCUUCAAGAAAGACAACCAAUAACCACCACAAAGUACCAUCAUCUGCAGGAGCUCAAGAGUGUCAUACCAAGAGACUGUCAUAA